UCAAUAAAAAGGAUGCUAGUGAUAAAUUAAGGGAGAUAACCGUGUUCCGAUACACAAAAAGUCCUGACGUCAUUGUGCUAAAUAAUGACGUUUCAAAGUUUGACGCCCUGCCUUUCAAUCAGAUUGGACGUGCCCUUGUUCGAGAACAUAAUCACUCACAGUUUCCGGGGAAAAUAACCUUAGAUGGAGGGAAUUGAGGAACACAUUUUGGAUAAACUUUCAAUGCCACAAUUGUCACAAAUACGUUUUCCUCUGAAGCUUUGGAAACUUUUGAACAGUUGUGAUAGUGGGGCGAUUUCAUGGAGCAUCGACGGGGACUCUUUCAUCAUAAACAGGAGAAUAUUUCAGGCGGAAUUUUUAGGCCGAAAGUGUCAUACAUUUAAAACUCAAAAUAUCAGCAGUCUUGUUCGUCAGUUAAAUUUGUACGGUUUCCAAAAAGUUCAAAGACGCCCGUUUGCGGGGAUAUCUAGGAAACACUGGCCGGACUUGCUGGAGUAUCGUCACACUCAUUUUCGGAGGGGCUUUCCAGAACUAGUGAAUCUUGUUCAGCGGCGAUCAAAAGAGGAUGAAGAAAGCAAGAUUGCAAGCAACAGUCUCUCUCAGUAUCUGACACAGGAACCACUUUCGAACACAAAACCGUUGCAAAAUCAGGAUGGAACAAACACUGACGCUCCGAACGAAAGAACCAUUGAGAUGGGGUCGUUUGAUCUACAAGAGACCGCCACUUGUUCACAAGAUCAUUCGCAGCCAAGGAAACUACCACCGCAACCUCUGUGUGAAGUUGGCACGAGGAACGUCCUACAAAAUAUACCAUUACAAGGCCAGGGAAGCGUUUUCCAAUUUCCUAUAACCGUACCUGAGAAUUCUCUUCAGCCCAUAACGUUACCAUUCAAAAUAGAAUCUACAGUACAGAGUGCUGCUUUGGGUUUUGUGAAUCAAGAUAACUUAUCUACCAUAAAUGUUAACGAACGAAGCAGAAAAUCAGAUGUCGGCGGUAACUUGUUUGUUCAGGGAAACAUCCUGACGCCUAUAGUGUUGCCACUCUCGUUACAAGUUUUGGAAAACGGCUUUCAGACCGUCCAAACAAAUUCUUUACAUGAACCCUGCGUUCAGACUUUUCAGGGUCAAACAAUUCAGAACCUUCAAGCAAAUUCUUUACAGAAUCUCGGCCUUGCGACCUUUCAGGGGCAGAUCAUUCAGACACUCCAGACAGAUUCUCCAAAUGAACGCGGCAUUCAAGCCUUUCAAGGACAGACAAUUCAGACUCCCCAGACAGAUUAUCUACGGGAACCCAGUAUUCAGACCAUUCAAGGGCAGAUAAUUCAGACUCUCCAGACAGACUCUUCACAUGAACCAGACGUUAAGACCUUUCAGGGGCAGAUUAUUCAGACUCUCCUGGCAGAUUCUUUACAGGAACCUGGCGUUCAGACCGUUCAGGGGCAGACCAUUCACACUCUCCUGACGGAGCAGGUACCUGGGCAGGCAAUUCAAAGCAUACAGACGAACAACUUACCUGGACGGGUUGAUCAAACUUCCCUGAGAGAGGAGGGAGGGAACAGUCCAUGUUAUGACCCGGAGUCAUCGUCUGAUGUCCUUAUAGAGCCUGUCACCACUCCAGGCAUAUAAGGAGCGAUGGUAGAAAGAUCACAGCAUUUACAGUGAAACGAGGUUUAAAGCCGUCUUGCACAGCAAUGUUCACAGACAACUGUCUGUUACCACCAUUUCCAUAGCCGUUUUGUACCACAAGGUUAACAGCCAUCCUGCACCAUCCUGCACCAUCCGGUUCAAAGCCAUGUUUUAGUUCAAAGCUGACCAGCACCGCCAUUUUCAAGGCUGUCCUGUAUCACCAGGACCAGGUUCAAAGUCGUCCCAGCACGACAGGAGAUGUCCACGACACACCCAUUAUCUACCUCGUGCAGUGCGAGAACCUAAUUUCACAGGUA